AUGACGCUGCUCACUCGCGCCAGCCCCGCCCUCCGCCAGUCCCUCGCCCGCUCAUCCGCCAGGGCUCCCGUACGCUUCUCGCACGGCCACGCCUACACCCCGGCCGACGCUGUCCCCUUCAGCUUCAAGUCGAAGGGCGCCUUCGGCGCGAAGGUCGCGACCUACCUUCUCACCGGCUUCGCGAUCCCCUUCGUCGCGGCGUGGUACCAGCUGAAGAAGUCCGGCGCAGGUGGUGCAUGA